AUGUUGGGUCCGAAAUUGUCGGAGCUUGUGCCUUUGGCUGUCUAUGGCCAGUUUCGUGGGUUUGCAACACUGAAAGAUAUUUCAGUAAGGUUGAAGUCCAUUAAAAAUAUCCAGAAAAUUACAAAAAGUAUGAAGAUGGUUUCGGCUGCAAAGUAUGCAAAAGCUGAGAGGGACCUCAAGGGUGCAAGAGCUUAUGGAGUUGGAGCGCAAUGUUUCUUCCAAAAUGUUGGUGCUGAUGAAAAAACUGGCGAGAAACGCAAGCACUUGUUGGUUUUAAUGACAUCGGAUAGGGGGCUCUGCGGUGCAGUUCACAGUGCAAUUGCAAAGGAAGCAAGACAUAUCUUGAAUUCGAAGCCAGCUGAUGUUGAGUACAAACUUGUACUGAUUGGUGAUAAGGCAAAAGCAGCUUUGUCUCGGCAAUACGCGAAGGAUAUUCUCUUUACAUGUAAUGAAAUUGGCAAGCACCCGCCUAGUUUUGCUGACGCUUCUGUUGCCGCGAGUGCAAUUCUUGACUGUGGCUAUCAGUUCGAAACAGGUCAUAUAAUUUACAAUAGGUUUAAAACGGUCGUAUCAUACGAAACUUCGAAGUUACAGAUAAUGCCUUUGGAAGCUAUCAAGGGUUUAGAAAAGCUUGCAGUAUACGACUCAUUGGAUGACGAUGUUCUACUUAGUUACUCGGAAUAUUCUUUGGCCCAACUGAUCUUUUACGCUAUGAAAGAGUCAGCUACAUCUGAACAGAGCUCGAGAAUGACAGCUAUGGAGGGUGCAACCAAAAAUGCAGGUGAGAUGAUUGACAAGCUCACUAUGCAGUUCAACAGGACGCGACAAGCAGUAAUCACGCGAGAGCUUAUUGAAAUUAUUUCUGGAGCUGCAGCCGUUUAG